GCUCCCUGGGCCCCACUUUGCCAAGGGACCCUCCUUAGGAGCCUCGCCUCCCGGGCCUCUCGAGGCCCUCGGGUGCUCUCCUCUUCUCUUCUGGCCCCCCCUCCCAGCAGCCCUCUUUUCACCGCCCCAGCCUCUUCCACGACCAACCACCACGACCAGCCACACUUCGAUCUCUUCCUGUCGCCGCAAAGAGAGCUCUCCACGCCCAGGCUCCCGCCUCUCCCGACGUCUGCUCGUCCGGUCACACCCCCUCCCCCUUCCCGGACAAGCCGUUGCGCCACUCCCUUUGUCAGGCACCCUUUUUGCUCAAGGAGACACAACAGAUCAGAUUCCUGCUGACCCCUCCACCGCGUUUUCUUCCGUGACAUUCUGCCAAGACCCGCUUUUCCCCCCCAGUAACCCUCACCUGCCCAGCAGUACACACUAGGAGGCAGUUCCAACUGGACCAAGCUCCCACCACCUCUAUUCAGAAAAGUUGUUAUUAUGCUGAUAGAUGGCUUGAGAGAUGAUUUUGUGUUUGGGUCAAAGGGUGUGAAAUUUAUGCCCUACACAACUUAUCUUGUGGAGAAAGGAGCAUCUCACAGUUUUGUGGCUGAAGCAAAGCUGCCUACAGUUACUAUGCCUCGAAUCAAGGCGUUGAUGACAGGGAGCCUCCCUGGCUUCAUUGAUGUUGUCAGGAACCUCAAUUCCCCUGCACUGCUAGAAGACAAUGUGAUCACACAGGCAAAAGCAGCUGGGAAAAGAAUUAUCUUUUAUGGAGAUGAAACAUGGGUGAAAUUAUUCCCAAGGCAUUUUGUGGAAUAUGAUGGAACAACCUCAUUUUUUGUGUCAGAUUAUACAGAGGUGGAUGAUAAUGUUACAAGGCAUUUGGAUAAAGUAUUAAAAAGAGGGGAUUGGGAUGUGUUAAUCCUCCACUACCUGGGGCUGGACCACAUUGGCCACGUCUCUGGGCCCAGCAGCCCUCUGAUCGGCCACAAACUCCGGGAGAUGGAUAGCAUCCUGAUGAAGAUCCACACCUCACUGCUGUCCGAGGAGAGAGAGACUCUUGUACCCAAUUUGCUGGUUCUUUGUGGUGAUCAUGGCAUGUCAGAAACAGGAGGUCAUGGCGCUUCUUCCGUGGAGGAGCUUAACACCGCCCUGAUCUUAAUCAGUUCUGCAUUUGAAAGAAAACCUGGUGACAUCAGACGUCCAAAGCAUGUUCAACAGACUGACUUGGCUGCAACCCUAGCAAUAGGGCUCGGUCUGCCGAUCCCAGGGAACAGUGUCGGCAGCCUCCUGUUCCCUACCGUGGAAGGGAGACCGGUGAGAGAACAGCUGAGGUUUUUACAUUUAAAUGCAGUGCAGCUCAGCAAAUUGUUGCAAGAGAACGUGCCGUCAUACACAAAAGAGCCUGGAUUUGAGCAGUUUAAAAUGUCAGAGAGGUUGCAUGGGAACUGGAUCAGACUGUACUUGGAGGAAAAUAACUCAGAAGUCCUUUUCAACCUGGGAGCCAAGGUUCGAAGGCAGUACUUGGAUGCCCUGAGGACCCUGAGCCUGUCCCUGAGCAGACAAGUGGCCCAGUACGACAUCUACUCGAUGCUGGUGGGGACUGUCAUGGUUUUGGAGCCGAAUAGCUGGCACAAGGUCAGGAGACAGGCUUUUUCUGAACAGUUCUCUCCAAGCCCAGCAGGCGUGGACACUGCUGCUGUUUUCCUAUUCCAGGUUCUAGCCCUGCUCCUACUCAGCAUCCCGCAAGCUCUGAGCAGCAAGGCUGAACUGGAGGUUCCUCUCUGGUCGCCUGCGUUUUCUCUGCUCUUUUAUUUGAUGUUCCUGGUUCUUUCUGCUCUUCAUGUCAUUGUGUGCACCUCGGCCGAGAGUUCCUGCUAUUUCUGUGGCCUCUCGUGGCUGACAGCAGGCGGAGUGAUGGCGUUGAUCUCUGCACUGCUCUGUGCAGUCGUGUCUGCUCUUGCCAAGAUGUUUGCCUCUGGAAAAUUCCUGAGCAAGAAUCCAGCUCAUCCAAAGGCACGAUGGUCGGAGUUAGAUGUUCUUAUCUUACUCGGGACCAUGGGCCACGUGCUGAGUCUGGGUGCAAGCAGCUUCAUCGAGGAGGAGCACCAGACCUGGUAUUUCCUCAUUAACACCCUGUGUCUGGCUCUGUGUCACGAAGUCUACAGAAACUGCUUUCUGAGGGACGACUGUGAGCCCCAGCAGUGCUCACACGUGGAGGAGGGAUUCGUCAGCACUGCACCAGCAUUACAGGACAGGAGCAUCCACUGUAACAUGUUAGAGCCCCACGGAGUGUCUGAGGACCCCACUUCCCUUGACACGCUCAGAGGCUGUGAGAAGUGGAUGGUGUUAGCCAGCCCAUGGGUGAUACUUACCUGCUGUCGGCUGCUGCGGUCACUAAACCAGACGGGUGUGCAGUGGGCCCACCGGCCUGACCUGGGGCAUUGGCUCACCAGCUCUGAUCACAAAGCUGCACUCUCUCUUCUGGCUGCCCUUUCGCUCAUCGUGAUUUUCGCACUGGUUCAGAGGAGGUGCUCUCUGACGUCAAAAGUAGCCAUGGCACUUGGCCUGCUGGGCGUCUAUUGCUACCGGGCGGCCAUUGGAAAUGUCCUGUUCCCAUGGCAACAAGACAGCAAAGACAUUUCAAAGGGUGUUAUUGAAGCUCGUUUUGUUCAUGUCUUUGUCCUUGGCAUUCUGUUCACGGGCACCAAAGACUUGCUUAAAUCUCAAGUCAUUGCUGCAGACUUCACAAUCAAGACUGUGGGUUUAUGGGAGAUAUAUAGUGGAUUAGUUCUUCUGGCCGCUUUGCUUUUUAGACCACAUAAUCUGCCAGUCUUAGUGUUUAGCCUCUUCAUUCAGACUAUAAUGACUAAAUUCAUCUGGAAGCCUCUGAGGCAUGAUGCAGCUGAGAUCACUAUAAUGCAUUAUUGGUUCGGUCAAGCAUUCUUCUAUUUCCAGGGAAACUCCAACAACAUAGCCACGGUGGAUGUCUCAGCGGGCUUCGUGGGCCUGGACACCUACAUGGAGGUCCCAGCUAUGUUCCUGACAGCGUUUGCCACGUUCGCGGGGCCUGUGCUGUGGGCCAGCCACUUAGUGAGCUUCCUGAGCUCAGAAACCAGCAGCGGUUCUGCACUGGGUCAUGCUUGCUUCUGCUAUGCACUGAUCUGCUCUUUUCCAGUCUCUGCGUAUAUCAUUUUGGUGACAUCCCUGCGUUACCAUUUAUUUAUAUGGAGUGUGUUUUCUCCAAAACUUCUUUAUGAGGGGAUGCAUAUCCUCAUCACGGCUGCCAUCUGUGCAUUCUUCACAGCCAUGGAUCAAACCAACACGAAGUCUUAGACACUGGAGAAACAAUGUAUUUUUAAAGUCUACGAUUCACUUCAUGCAUUUGGGUAAUGAAAAAAAGUCUGUCUAAAUGCAAGGACAUUCUAAAGAAAAUUGUGAAUUCUACAAAGUUGAAUAGUUGCAGUUUCUUGCACUGCUGUACUUGAAUUUAGAGUACAUAGUAGUUUAAAAGGUCACUUUAAAAUAUUUAGUUUGAAUAUGAAUCAUAUUCCCCUGUUGACAAUCACUCCAUAAAGUUCUGAACUUUUAAUUUCCUCUGGAUAAUAAUUCACUCAAAUAUCUGUGUUUAAAUUGAUGAAUAAAAAGGUUUCAGGCUUAUUGUGGUGUUUGUGGACUUCAGAAAGCCGGGGAGCUCUGGGAGAAGGCUUACCUGCUGCUGGAGUUUACCUCGAAAAACCCAGACCCCUUAAUGACCCUAGAAACCACUGGAGGUCGCAAGGAGCAUUAGUGUGUGUUACAUCUGUCGACAUUAAAACAUUUCAAAAACUAUUCGUUGAAAGUAAAGACAUAAACUCAUUCCGUCUUAACAUAGAAUAUUUUUAAGAGAAAUAACUUUUCCAAAACAAGAAUAUCUACUGAGGAGAGUGGCAUUGUUUUACAUUUUUGCACAUAUCUUUAGUGUCUUAAUUGAAGAUUAAGUUCUUCAAUUAGAGUAGGUUAGAUUUCUGCAUUCAUUCUGUUGUCAUAUGUGUGUUUGAAGUAGUCACAUAGAUAUGUAGUUGGGAAAGGGAGGAAUAUUUUAUUUUUUAUUUAAAUUCAAUUAAUUAACAGUGUAUUAUUAGUUUCAGAGGUAGAGUUCAGUGACUCAUAAGUCUUAUGUAACACCCAAUGCUCAUUACAUCAUGUGCCCUCCUUAAUGUCCAUCACCCAAUUACCCCAUCCCCCACCCCCCUUCCCUCCAGCAACCCUGUUUGUUUCCUAUGACUAGGAGUCUCUUAUGGUUUGUCUCCCUCUCUGAUGAAAGGGAGGAAUAUUUCAAAAUCCUUUUUCUAAUCACCGUGGAUGCUCUUUUUGGCACUGCACUAAAACAUGACAAAUGAUGGUCCCUUAAUGGUUAAUUGGAGAAAAAGCAAGUGCAUGCACAACAGGUGAAGCCCCAUUAAGGUCUGCACCUGAUGUAACAAGAUUACCUGGUUGACAAGUUCUCUGUCAGUAUAAGAUGCCAUUGGGGGGAGCUGGGUGACUGUACGUGGAUCUUUCUGUAUGAUUUUUGCAACUUGUUGUGAGAUUUACACUAUUUGAAAAUGAAAGUUAUUUUAAAAAGGAAAAGAGUAGUUGCAGUGUGGAAUCUGAAACCAUGUCAGUGCCCUUUGCGUUCUGCUUUAUUAAAAGUCACUGCUCUGUACUGCUCCCCAAAUGGGUCUGUUACCCAGGUAGGAUUCUGUAGCAUCAUGUGGAAAUAACACUUCUCUGCAGAUGUUGACACAGUACAGUAUUCAUUACCAAAAAUCACUUGUUACAUUGCCAACAGUCUCCUCAGAAAAGUCUUCCAGCAUUGGAAGCUCACAGUGGCAGAUGCAAGUUCUCCAAAACUCUUUAACUUACAUCUUUUAACUUACGUAAUGAUUUGAUAUUUGUAUGCAAAAUGGUCACCACUGUCAAUCUAGUUAACAUCCAUCACCACACAUAGUUACAAUUUUUUCUUGUGAUAACAACUUUUAAGAUCUACUCUCUCUGAGAUACAUAAUACAGCAUCUUAAACUGUAGUCACCAUGCUGCAUGUUAUACCCCCAGGACUUAUUUUAUAACUGGAAGUUUAUACCUUUUGACCCCCAUCACCCAUUUCACCCACCCUCCACCCCUGCCUCUCUGGCAACCACCAGGCAGUUUUCUGUAUCGAUGAGCUUGGUUUUUUGUUUGUUUAGAUUCCACAUAUAAGUGAGAUCAUACAGUAUUUGUCUUUCUCUGUCUGACUUGUUUCACUUAGCAUAAUGCCCUCAGGAUCCAUCUAUGUUGUCACAAAUGGCAAGAUUUUCUUCUUUGUGUCUGAGUAAUUUGUGUGUGUGUGUGCGUGCGCACGUCUACAUCAUGUUUUCUUUAUCCAUUCAUCCAUCAGUGGACACUUAGUUUGUCUUCAUAUCUUGGCUAUGGUGAAUAAUGCUGUUAUGAAUGCAGGAGUGCAGAUAUCUUUUUGAGUUAGUGUUUUUGUUUCCCUCAGAUAAAUACCCAGAAGUGCAAUUGGUGUAUUAUAUGGUAGUUCUAGUUUUAACUUUUUGAGGAAACUCCAUAUCAUUUUCCACAGUGGCCACAUCAAUUUACAUUCCCUCCCAACAGUGCACAAGGGUUCCCUUUCUCCACAUCCUCAUCAACACCAUUGUUAUUUCUUGUCAUUUUGACAGGAGAGUGUUUCCUAAUGUACAAAUGUUUAAUAUUUACAAAUAUUUAAGUUUUUUGUCACUUUCUAAAAUUGUUUUUUCUAGUUACAGUACAUCUCCCACUUAAUAAUCCAUUCUGAAAAUCCAUUGUUUCAUGCUAAAACACUAACUGGGGAUCUAUUUUCCAUUAGUUUAAAUAGAAAACUAUGUCAUACCCAAGCCCCCAACCAGUUCCCUAUAAUGUAACUACACAUAGCAAAAUGUCUACAUGUAAGUACCAGGCUAUCAUGUUAGGGAGCAAAAUGCUUAAAACUGGUUCCUGGUCAUCAAAUAGUUAAUAUGGUUAUUAACUGGUGUCUUUUUUCCUAGCUUUUUAAAAUAGAAACUUAGAAUCAUUUUAAGUCAUUUUCCUCUCCAAUAUAAGCAUUUAAAGCUAUAAAUUUCCUCUUUUAUUUUCACUAUAUUUACAAAUUUUCAUAUGCUGCAUUUCUAUUAUCAUUCAGUUUGAAAUAUUUCCUGCUUCACUUUUAUGGCCUAGCAGUUGGCUCGUCUUGAUGAACAGUCCAUGUGCAAUAGGAAAAAAAAAAAAAAUAGUAGAUUCAGCAAUUGUUUGACGUGAUGUCCUGUAACUAUUAGGUCAGAGUACUUGUUGUCAGCCAGACCUUCUACAUCCUUACCGAUUUGUUUUCUACUUACUCUUUCAAUUGCCAAGAGGAUAGCUAAAAUUUCCAGCUGUAAUUGUGGGUUUAUGUGUUUCUUAAAUCUGUUAGUUUGUUGUUCAUGUAUUUUGCAUUUCUAUACACUAAUAAUGAAAUAGCAAAAAGGAAAAUUAAGAAAACAAUUCCAUUUCCAAUUGCACCAAAAGAGAAUAAAAUACCUACAAGUAAAUUUAACCAGGGAGGUAAAAAACCUGUACUCUAAGAACUGUAAGACAUUGAUAAAAACAACACAAACAAAUGGAAAGAUAUACCAUGCUCAUGGAUCAAAGUAAUAUUGUUAAAAAUGUCCAUAUUACCCACCCUCCAAUUGUAUGGAUUUAGUGCAAUUCAUAACAAAAUGCCAGUUGUAUUUUUCCCAGAACUAGAGCAAAUAUUCCUCAAAUUUGUAUAGGACCACAAAAGACCUCAAAUAGCCAAAGCAAUUUUAAGAAAGAACAAAGCUGGAGGUAUCACAAUCCCAGAUUUCCAGAUAUAUUAUGGAGCUAUAAUAAAAGAGUAUGGUACUGGCACAGAAAUAGACAUAGACCAAUGGAACAGGAUAGAGAGGCCAGAAAUAAAAAGUUUAUAUGGUCAAUUAAUCUAUCACAAAGGAGGCAAGAAUAUACAAUGGUGAAAAGACAUCUAUUGUCUCUUCAAUAGAUGGUGUUGGGAAAACCAGACAGCAACAUACACAAGAAUGAAACACGACCACUUCCUUACACCGUACACAAAAAUAAAUCCAAAAUGGAUUAAAAACCUAAAUGUGAGACCAGAGGAGAACAUAGGCAAUACUUUCUUUAUUGGCUGUAGCAGGAUUUCUCUGGAUAUGUCUUCUCAGGCAAAAGAAACAAAAGCAAAACUAAACUAUGGGGACUGCACCAAACUAAAAACCUUUUGCACAGUGAAGGAAACCAUCAACAAACAAAAGGGCAAGCUACUGAAUGGGAGAAGAUAUUUGCAAAUGAUACAUCUGUUAAGGGAUUAAUAUCCAAAAUAUAUAAAGGACUCCUACUACUCAAUACCAAAAACAAAGAGAUUUUAUUUUAUUAUUUUUUUAAAGAUUUGUUUAUUUGAGAGAGAGAGAGAGAGAGUGCAUGGGGUGGGGGGAGGGGGACAGAGUGCAGAUCCUGACACAGGGCUCAAUCUCACGACCCUGAGAUCACAACCAGAACCGAAACCAAGAGUCGGAUGCCUAACCCACUGUCACACAAGCCCCCCCCCCCCCAAAAAAAAGAUUUUAAAAUGAGUGGACAUUUUUGCAAAGCAGAAACACAGAUGGCCAACAGUCACAUGAAAAGAUGCUCAACAUUGCUAAUCACAGGUAAAUGCAAAUGAAAACCACAAUGAGAUGUCACCUCACACCAGUCAGAAUGGUUAAAAAAGACAAGAAAUAGCAAGUGUUGGUGAGGGUGUGGAGAAAAGAGAACUCUCAUGCACUAUUGUUGGAAUUGAUAAUUGUUGCAACCACUGUGGAAAAUACAGAAUUUCCUCAAAAAAUUAAAAACAAAUACCAUAUGAUCCAGGAUCCCAUUCCUAGGAAUUUACCCAAAGAAAACAAGAAACUAAUCCAAAAAGUUACAUGCACCCCUAUGUUUAUUGCAGCAUUAAUUGCAGUAGCCAAGAUACGGAAGCAACCUAAAUGUCCGUUGAUAGAUGAAUGGAUAAAGAAGAUAUGGUAUAUAUACACAUUAGAAUAUUACUCAGCCAUAAAAAAAAAUGAAAUUCUGUUAUUUAUGACCUAGAGGGUAUUAAGUGAAAUAUGCUAGCAGAGAAAGACAAGUACCAUAUGACUUCACUUACAUGUGGAAUCUAAAAAACAAAAUAACAAAAACAGAAACAGACUCAUAAAUACAGAGAACAAACUGGUUGCCAGGGUGGGAUGUGUAGGGACAGGGCAAAUAGGCAAAGGAGAUUAAGAGUACAAACUCCCAGUUAUAAAUGAGUCAAGGGGAUGAAAAAUACAGCAUAGGGAAUAUAGUCCAAUAAUAUUAUAAUAACCUUGGUGACAGAUGGUGACUACACUUACUGUGGUGAGCAUUGCGUAAUGUGUAGAAGUGUCAAAUCACUAUGUUGUACAUCUGAAGCUAAUAUAACAUUGUAUGUCAACUAUACUUCAAUAAUAAAAUUUUUAAAAAUAUUUUAAAACCUGUUAUUAGACACGUACAUGUACAUUGAUAUUUGUUCUGUCUUCCUGAUAUAUUUACUUUAUAUCAUUGUGAAAUCUACUUUAUCUCUGGUAAUACUCUGUCUUAAAGUCUAUUUUAUCUGAUAUUAAUACUGCCACUUCAACUUUCUUUUGAUUAGUGUUUGCAUAUAACUUCACCCUUUUGAUUACAACCUACUCUGUCUGUAUUUAAAGUGUAUUAAAGGCUCUUUAACUCAAAA